AGUCGAAGCUGGUCUCGACACAAUACAUACCACCUACACACAGCUCCAAAUACGAGAGGCGCGGUGCCAUGGACGAAUAGCGGGAUAUCAGCUUCAUACCCGCGCGCGCAGCUCACGAGCCAGCAUCUUCUUUAAUAGCACUAGCCUUUCAGCUACGAUCCUCCGUCGUCAGCCGAGCCCGCCGACGCGUCUACGCAGGCGCUCGCGCCAAAGUAUGGCCGCUCGGUCACACGUGACUACAACACGAUGGCGUCCUAUACAACUGGUGCAAAUCCAGCACUGGGGAAUGCUGCAGCCGCACUCUCCAUCUUGACAGCGGCAUUAUCGACGUUUAGCACGACGGACGUUUCGGGCUUACCAACCAGUCUCGCUUUGUCUUCUUUGUCCGCCCCCCACGUCAGCCGGACUUCACAGCCGCCUAACGCAUCUGAAAUACGACCUACCACUACAAAAGCCACAGCACUUCCAUCUUCGUACAACGAUCAGCACUCAGAUACUUCCACUGGAACAAUGUCAGCUCCUACAGCCGCUGCUGCACCUAUGCCGUCCGCCUUCAAUGGCGGCGUCAUCCCAUCACUCGCCACCAUCGGCACAGUCAUUGUCCUCACUGGAGAUGGCUAUACAAUCACAGCUGCCGUACCCACCGCAAAUACAGAUGCCCUCGCCAUCGGAGGCGGGCCUACCGUCACGGUCGGCGGAGAAGCUGCUACCAUGAGCGACGCCACAUACUCGCUCGCCUCGAGUGGAGCGCUACAGAUUAUUGCGAACGAGAGCACAGCAACAGUGGUGCAAAGCACGUAUGGGAGUGGACAAACACUGCUAUCCGUUACCAUGAGCACGAGCCAGAGUAUACCGACUGUAGUCACAAUGACCGCUACGCAGAGCAGCGAGACGUCGAGCGGUAGCAUCACAAUGGACACGGCUUCUCCACCGACAAUGGCUGCGACUCCCACGACGAGUACGAGUACGAGCACGCAAGGCUCUGCUGGACAAAGGAAUCAUGUUAUGUGGAGUGUGGGAGUAAUAGCGUUAUUUGGUGCUGUUGCAUGGGCGCUAUAGCGAAGGAAGCUGUCUUUUUAAAAGAAAUGAGAAGGAGAAAGAUUUUUGUAUAAUUGUAAAUUUUUGUAUCAAAAUGACAAUGGGAAGGAAAAGAUUUGUACAAUUGUUGUAAAUUUUUUUAAGAUGAGAAUGAAAUGACGAAUUCCAGUACGGGUGGGACGUCCAAGAUCUACUGGGAGAAGCUGUCUGUAGCAUUCGCUUGUAAGAACUUGUAAGAAAGAGC